AUUUUCAAAUCUGAAAGUUGACAGCUACGUCUUUCGUAGAUUAAAGUGUCACAGACUAACCGACUCUGAGGCGGCACAACAGAACAUAACCUGCUGCUCUAACUGCUAAGAUGUAACUGCCAUAACGGUUCCAACUGCCGCAGGGUGUAGGACAUCACAGGGUUCUGCAGCUCUUGCGAUUAAACCUUUACGCAUGCAUUUUGGACACCAGCCUCCUGCCCCCCGCACUUCUGUGCACAUGGGACUAAAAUGGUCAGCAAAGGGUCUGCUUCGCAAGCCAAGAUGGGCUGGAAUGACAGCUGUUUGAAAUACUGUGCUGUGUAAAAUAAGAAGAAGGACAUUCAUGUGGUAGUUGAAGAUCUCUGUGGCGUCGCUUAGGGCACGCCAUUUUAGCGGGUGAGACAUAGCUUUAGCAAAUGUCCUCAGUGAGAAGAGGUCUUGAAAACAUGUUUUUGGGAGUGAGGAGUCCAAAUGCGCUGUUAUUUUUGUGAUUUAGACAGCAUUUCACUUGGUAAACCUACAAUGGAGGAAGAAGCCCAUAAACUGCUUCCAGAAACCGAAUAAUUUCAAUUUCACCUUCUGAAAAGUCAAGCAGAUUCAUGCAAUCCCUGAACGCUUGCCGAGAGAGAAUAUGUGUUCCUCAUUCUGGUUUUAAAUUGUUUGUUUGGAAAUAAAGGUGAUGCAAGAAAGGACUAAAGAAGUAAAGAAGAAUGAAGUUUCCCUGCCUUUCCUUCCGGCAACCUUAUGCUGGGUUAGUUUUAAACGAAAUAAAAACAAUAGAGACCCGUUGGCGACCAUUACUGGCCCAGUACGAGUCCUGUACCGUUGCUGUCCACAUUGCUUUUAAAGACUGGGACGACAAAGCCUGGAAAGACAUCCUCACAAACAGGCUUGGGAUGACAGUGACUCAAAUUGAAGAGCUAUUGGAUGCAGGUGAAAGGUUUGGAAGAGGUGUUGUGGCAGGACUAAUUGACAUUGGGGAGACAUCACAGUGCCCAGAACUCUUGCCUCCUGAAGACAUUUUGGUACUAGAAAAUAAAGCCAUCCUCUCAGGCCUGGAGCAGAAAUACCUGACAGUUAUUUCAAACCCCAGAUGGUUGUUGGAACCUAUUCCUACACGAGGACGCAAAGAUGUCUGGCAGGUGGACAUCCCAGAGGAAUUGAUUCCUUCUUUGGACUAUUCCUGAAGAUUUUUUUCUUUAUGGUCCCUUAACUCUACAUUUUCCAAGCUACUGAAGUGGAAUAAUUUUCUUCUACUGACCUUAAUGUAGACCACUAUUAUAAAGUGAGCAAGUGCCUUAUACCUUGGUGUUAUCACUCUUGCAAAUGGAGAACAUUAAUGGAAUAGUUGGGGUCACCAGUAUAGGUAUGCUUUGUUAAAGCUUCUUAGAUGUGGAUUAUUGUGAAUUAUCCAUCUUAGGUCCAAGCUAUCUGAAAGACCGUAUCCGCCCACACAAACCUGCCCAGAUGUUGAGAUCUUCAUGGGAGGCCUUUCUCUUUGUUCUGCCACCUUCACAGGCAUGCACAGGAGGGGAUGUGGAGGGCCUUCUUGGUGGCUGCUCCCAGACUUUGGAACUCACUUCCUAGAUAAGCUAGACUGGCUCCCUCCUUGUUGUCCUUCUGCCAACAGAUGAAAGACGUUUUUGUUCCAACAGGCUUUGGGAAACUGACUGCUUUUAAUGAAAGGGCUGGUGCCAUGCUGUUUUUCUGUAAUUAUUGGCAUGUUUCAAACAGGUCUUAAAUACGUAUGUAGUUUUAAUUCUAUCAUUGUUUAAUUGUAGUUUAAUAAUUGAUUUUCCUGUUUUUAGUGGUUCCUGUUUUUAUCUGUAAAUCACCUUAAGUUCCAUCAGGGGGGGGAAGAGGAGUAUAAAUAAAUAUUAAUCAUAAUCAUUUACAUGCACAUUAUGGAAUAUUAAACACUUUUUCUUAAUUAAGUGAAAUAAACAGAUCAUCAGUUAAUCCCACUCCCUCCCGCAGAGCUUUCACUCUUAAUUCCUCUGCUCCUAUUGGGUAUAUGGUCUCAUCACAAAGGGCUAAUCCAUGCCCUCCACCCCUUUUUAGUUAACUCAUUUAAAUGCUCCAUUCAGAGUCUUCCUCACUACUUUGCAACUGCCCUUUCAGCUUCCUAUGCCCCUUGUGCUAUUUGUGGAUGUAAUGCCGUACACAGUACUAUGCUUCUAUAGAAAUGGAUCAUGUUACAGUGGUACCUCGGGUUACAUACGCUUCAGGUUACAUACGCUUCAGGUUACAGACUCUGUUAAUCCAGAAAUAGUACCUCAGGUUAAGAACUUUGCUUCAGGAUGAGAACAGAAAUCAUGCGGCGGCGGCGCAGCGGCAGCUAGAGGCCCCAUUAGCUAAAGUGGUGCUUCAGGUUAAGAACAGUUUCAGGUUAAGAACGGACCUCCGGAACGAAUUAAGUACUUAACCCAAGGUACCACUGUACUUAGAAAUGCUAUGGAUGUUUAUUAAACCUGCUAAGGAGGAUGUGGUCUACUUUUCUUUAGAUCAGGGGUGAGUAGCUGAUAACACUCCAGUUGUUCCUGGGGUAGAGUUCCCAUCACACCUGGCCAGGAGUCAACCUGGCUGGUGCAGAUGGGAACUGGAGUCCAGCAACAUCUACAGUGCCAAAGGUUCACCAUCCUUUGUUUUAUUUUGCUGCUCAGCCACACUCCCUUUCCCCAUAGGUCAGUGGUGGGCUCUGCUAUGUUGACCAAGACUAAGGAUGAGGACAGGAAAUGCCACCUCAAUGACCUUGGCACAAUAGGGAUGUAAAGGUAUUUCUGCUUCCCAAUGUGAUGUUUUAUUCUAAGAAUGUUUGGCAGGUCACUUGGGCCUCUCAGAGGUAUAAAGUGAGAUUUUUUAGCAUUCUGAAUUUUCUUUGGGCCAUUGCAUUUUUAGUGUGCGCAUAUAAAAUCAUCUAUGUAAAAAGCAUUUAUGAGUUAUGACAGCUAGUUCAGAUUCACAUGGAUUGCACCAUUUUUAGAACUCCCCUACUAAUUGAAAUUGAAAUACUUUAUUGUCACUUGUACAACUUGUAUACAGUGAGAUUACACGAUCACCCCCCACUCAUCUCUCUUAAUUCCCCUCGUUUACUGACACUCACCCCCAUGGUUUUCCUCUGCAAAAUGAGCUACAGGACUCUGCAGCUCCCAGCCCGGAGAACUACAUUUUGGCACCUGAGGUGAACCACAAAAUGGCGCCUUCCCUCCCCACCAGAAAAGAAAGGGUGACUGAAGAUAGACAUCAGUAUCUGCUGCCCUGUGAAUCCUGCUGCCUAAGGCAGUCGCCUCACUUUGCUUCAUGGGUGGGCCAGCCCUGAAGUGAGCCCUGGCAAGCAAAGUAUUUCAAAAAGUGAUUAUAUCCAUUCUUUCCUUCUUUCUGAGUAAUUCUGGAUAUCUUAAAAGCUUGUUACAUCUACAGGUAGAUGUUAAUAUUUAACAGUCCAACUGCUCUUUUAGAAUAUGACAAAUUAUUAUCUAUGCUUUAAUAUUACUAUGUAAUUUACUUGCUAUUAUUGUAAUUUUGAUAUAAUGUGGCAUCCAGUGUACCAGUACUUCUGAAAUACUCCACAAUAAAAACAGUAGCUACAUUUCAAUACA